AUGUCGUCCUCUACCACAUCCGGAUCGCAAGGUUCCUCCUCCUCCUCUACAGCGACCAUCACCCCAAACACCUCGUUCUCUUCUGGCCACGACAAUAUCCACAUCAUUAAGUCGUGGUCCGGCGAUAUCUCUCGAUGCUUGCUCUCUUAUGAAGCCGAAACCCUCCUCCGCUUCACUCACGAGGCGCCGCUUAUCGUCAAGAAGGCCGUUGGCGAAUACCUGAUGCGCCUGACGGUGUACCCGACGAGUCCCCGCGCACUCACAUGGUGUCGCUACCGACUUGAACUCCUGGGCACCAUUGUCGAUAACAGCAACGAUAACGAUGUUGCUGUCGACGCAUCCGCUGACACGGUCAGCAACCUUUCGCAAAGCAUCACCAGGGACAAUGCCGAUAUCCCUUCUCUGCUCAAUAGGAUUCAAGACGUCGAGUUCAGUGCCUACGAGCUUUUCAGAAUCUGGGGCCAGACCUCAUCAAUUAAUCUGGACGACUGUUGGUCGCUAUGGGUCGCCGCGGACGACAUUGUGCAGGUGGUUGUCGAAGAUAUAGAAGGCGAAUUGGGUUGA